AUGAAUGCUGUAGUAUCGUCGACUGGGACUGAAUCUUCUUCUACAACAAGUACUACUUCUCUUAACAGUAUAAAUAUCACAUCAAGUUCAAUUUUGACAUCUUCUUCAUUUCCCUACAAUGAUCAUAUAUUUCUUCAAACUAGUGUUUGUCAAGCUAUCGCUGGAGCGUUUACAUGGGCUGCUAUAUUGAUGAUAGGACAUCAAAUUUAUUGUCAUUUGCGUCAUUAUAAUGUACCAAGUGAACAAAAAUGGAUAGCGACAUUACAAUUUUGUUUAAUUAAACCCAUAAUGGCAGUUGUAACGUUGAUACUUCAAGCAUUUAAACGAUAUCAAGAUGGAGAUUUUAGUGCCAAAUCUGGCUAUUUAUAUUUGACGCUGAUUUACAACAUCUCUGUUAGUUUAGCCUUGUAUGGGCUCUUCUUAUUUUAUGCAUCAACAAAAACAAUGUUAAGAAAAUACGAUCCUGUUCUAAAAUUUCUCACAGUCAAAUCAGUUAUAUUUCUAACAUUUUGGCAAGGUGUUCUACUGGCCAUAUUUGAACAACUAAAAAUUAUCCAAGCAUUUCAAGGAGAAACACAUUUAACUGUCGGAACAGUAGCUGCUGGUUGGCAAAAUUUUUUCAUUUGUAUUGAGAUGUGUGUGGCGUCGGUUGCUCUUCGUUUUGCAUUUCCUUAUCAGCCAUACAUAUCUGAUCCAAUUUAUUCAUCAACAACUGGCUCAAACUAUCCAUAUUCUUCAAGUGGAGGCACAGGUCGUGCAGUAACAAUGCAAAGUAUCUCGUCAAAUCUUAAAGAAACAAUGAAUCCAAAAGAUAUAAUGCAUGAUGCUAUACAUAAUUUUCAUCCACAAUACAGAGACUAUACACAAUAUAAUGCAUAUGGCGGUGAUGAACGUACAUCAACGUCUGGCCAAAGUAACGUAUCACCAAUUUCUCCAGUAACAUUUGCUUCAUCAAUGACUCAUCCAGUCAGUUACAAUGGAACAAUAACAGCAUCUUCAAUAGAAGUACCCAUAACUAACAACAACAUUCGUACACAAACAACUAGUAAUGGCAUUACAUCAACAAUAACAAAUUUACCGACAAAAUUAGGAUUAAAAUCAAAAAAAGAUACGGAAAAAGACAUGUUAUUGACAGAUGAUGAAUUUUAA